CGCGCGGCGGGAAAUAAUUUCCCAAGCCCGGAUUAGUGGAACAGCAAGAGUAUUGGUAGUCGUCGUUCCUACCGCCGCCGCCGCCGCCGCCGUCGUUCCCCCGAACAAAGCAGCUAGACCCUCCGGCCGGCCGGGAAGAUGGAAGAUGGUGCCACAAAACACAUCAUCCAAAUGACAGGAUUUAAGAUGGAGGAAAAGGAAGCUCUAGGCAAAUUACUUUUAAAACUAGAUUGCACUUUUAUUAAGAGUGAGAAAUAUAAAAAUUGUACCCAUCUUAUAGCUGAACGCCUGUGUAAGAGUGAGAAAUUUUUAGCAGCUUGUGCAGCAGGAAAAUGGGUACUAACUAAGGACUACAUAAUUCAUAGUGCCAAAAGUGGCAGAUGGCUUGAUGAAACAACUUAUGAAUGGGGAUAUAAAAUUGAAAAAGACUCCCAUUAUUCACCUCAAAUGCAAUCUGCACCUAAAAGAUGGCGUGAAGAACUGAAACGUACUGGUGCUCCAGGAGCCUUCCACAGAUGGAAAGUCGUCCUCCUCGUCAGGGCAGAUAAGCGCAGUGAUUCUCUUGUAAGAGUUUUGGAGGCUGGAAAAGCAAGUGUUAUUUUACCAAAAAGUUCUCCAAAUGGAAUAACUCAUGUGAUUGCCAGUAAUGCAAGAAUUAAUGCUGAGAAAGAAAGAGAUAACUUUAAAGCUCCAUUUUAUCCAAUACAGUAUUUAGGGGAUUUUCUUUUAGAGAAAGAAAUUCAGAAUGAUGAAAAUUCCCAUACCAGUUCUGGUUGGACCAAACAUAGCACUGAAGGGAAAAACAAAGAUUUCAAGAAAGAUACAGUAUUUCUUGAAAUGAAAGGUGCUUUAGGAGAGACCAUAUAUAGAACCCAGAAAGAAAUGGAAAAUCAUGAUAACGAUGUUAAUGAUAGAUUUGUUUUGAGUAAACAUCAUAAAAAAGAAAAAUUCAGAGACUCCAGGAAAGAUUUGAAAUUUGUUAAAAUGAGAAAUACAUUCAGAAGACAUGCACAUGGAAACCAGAAAGAAACUAAGAAAAAAGAUAAAGAUAUCCAAAGAAGUUAUAUUUUGAGGAAAAAAAGCAAAAAAGAAGGUCAUUGUAGGAAUGAUGAUCAUCAUGACAUGAUUAAAAGUUCAAGAAAACAUGUACACUGCAGAGAGCAGAAAGAAAAGAAUUUUCUUCUUAAUGAUUAUGCCAAAGAACUAAAAACCAAGGAUAUCAGGACAAACAUGGAUAUCAUUGAAAUAAAAUAUGCCUUAAAGAAGCAUAUAUACAAAGACAUAUAUAGAGCUCAGGCUGUCAGAUACAACUGCAUUAGAAUAGACAAACAACCAGUAUACAAUGUAGAGGUUAAAAAUGCUGAAUUCCCCAGAGGUGUAUUAAACUUAAUUGAAAGCCUCAUAGAAGGACAGUUUUUUAAAGAAGCCAUUGAAGAGCUCUCCUCCCUGCAAGCUCACUACAUCCCUCCAGUCUGCCUUCUUCACGCUCUUCUAGAGAACGUUCUGCAGGAUAACAUAGAUACAUUCUCUGGUCGAUACUUUCAUAUAUUGUCAGCUCUUCUUCAUCUGCAUCCGCCUUGGAAGUCGCCAGCCAUGUCAAGAUAUUAUUUAGAGCUAUUUCAGUGUCCAACUUGUAUGAAAGGAGCCUGGUCUCUAGUAGAAGUACUUGUCAAGUCUUGCCUUUUCAAUGAAAGUUUCUGUCAUCAAAUUUCAGAAAAUAUUGGUUCUAAGGUGGUCCAUCUUACACUGCUCCGAUUUUUCUUCAGUUUAGUUGAAAGUGAAGUGCGGCAUUUGUGUCAAAAGUUGUCUGACUGGUCAGAUUCUCAGAGUCUGAAAAUAACAGGAAAGGCAAUUCUUCUUGAACUCUUUUGGUCAGGAAGUGAAACCUCGGGGCUUUUGACGAAACCAGUAUAUAUGCUUUUGGAAUGGACUAUAUAUUCUCACAAGGAAAAAUGCAAGUCUAAUGAUGUCUUCAAACAUGAACUAGCAUACGUACUGACUGGAAUCCUUGGAGCAGCAAUAGAUUAUUGGAUCUUCGUUGGCCUUCAGAUGGGUAGAAAUGUGAUGCGACACAUGUCUGAUGACUUAGGAAGUUAUAUUUCUCUGUCAUGUGAUGACUUUUCUUCGCAGGAAUUAGAGAUUUUCAUAUGUUCCUUUUCAUCUUCCUGGCUUCAAAUGUUUGUUGCAGAAGCAGUCUUUAAAAAGUUGUGUCUACAGAGCUAUGCCAGUAUAUCUUCUGAGCCACUCUCUCUCCAGAAAAUAGUAUAUUCCUAUUUGCAAGCUUUGGGGAAAACAGGUAUGCAUGUUUCUGAAAAAAUGCAUAUGCCAAAGAAAAUAGGGCAGCGGCCUUGCCUUGAAUCUCAGAGAGCGUUACUGAUGCUGAAUGGUGCUAAGCAGAAACAAGUUGAUGGUCUGCCAGAGUUACCAGAGCUGAACCUUGCUAAAUGUUCCUCAUCAUUGAAAAAAUUGAAAAAGAAGUCAGAAGGAGAAUUGUCAUAUUCCAAGGAGAAUUGCCCCUCUUUAGUUACAAAGAUGAAUUUUCACAAGACUAAUCUAAAAGGAGAAACAGCCCUGCAUAGAGCUUGCAUAAAAAACCAAGUGGAGAAAUUGAUUAUUCUUCUUUCUUUGCCAGGAAUAGACAUCAAUGUUAAAGACAAUGCUGGCUGGACGCCUUUACAUGAAGCCUGUAACUAUGGCAACACAGUGUGUGUCCAGGAAAUUUUGCAGCGUUGUCCAGAGGUAGAUCUGCUCACUCAAGUGGACGGGGUGACUCCUUUGCAUGAUGCACUGUCAAACGGACAUGUAGAGAUUGGCAAGCUGCUACUACAGCAUGGGGGCCCAGUGCUUUUACAACAGAGAAACUCUAAGGGGGAGUUGCCCUUAGACUAUGUGGCAUCACCUCAAGUCAAGGAAGAACUAUUUGCUAUUACAAAUAUAGAAGAUACAGUAGACAACUUUCAUGCUCAAACGGAGAAACAUUUUUAUCACCAGCAACUUGAAUUUGGCUCAUUUUUACUUAGUAGGAUGUUACUAAAUUUUUGUUCCAUUUUUCAUAUAUCUUCAGAAUUAAUCUUAGCUUUCAAAGGGUUAGGUUACACAGAAACCACCAAUGCUCAUACCGACUGGUUACUAGAUCUUUAUGCUAGAAAUAUAAAGACCUUGCAGAAGCUCCCACAUAUUCUUAAGGAACUUCCUGAGAACCUGAAAGUAUGUCCCGGAGUUCAUACUGAGGCCUUAUUGGUGACAUUGGAGAUGAUGUGCCGGUCAGUCACAGAGGUUUCAUGAUGAUGGCAAAAAGUAUGAGUCCUUUUUCCAAACAUGUUCAACUUGCUUUGUCAUUCAGGAUAGACAUGGUAGUUUCUGACAGAUACUCAUUUGAUUUAUUCACUGACAGACUUUGCAGCCUGCUAAAUUUUAAAAGCACUUAAAAAACUUCUACAGAACUAAGAUGGGCUCUUUUUCCAGUGUGUAGAAUUUGACUCAGAAAGAUAAAAUAAUCAACCAAAAUAGUUUUGUUGGGCAUAAACUGCUUUCAUUAAUCUUUAAAAAAAGUUUGUUCUGAAAAUAUUUAUUUAUAUUGUAUAUGUAAAAAUUAAUUUAAAUAUUUUUUCAAAUCAAAAUGUAAUAUCCUUUACCUAGGUGUUAUAGAUCUUAAAAUCAUGGCAAGAAUAUUUAUUCAUAUAAAUGUGCAUCUACACACUUGUAAGACUUCCUGUUUCUUCUUUAUAGGCCAAUGACUAAAAUGUGCUUUUGGUUUUAUGUGUUUCUAAAAUAAACAUUCUGAAAUUUUAAAUGAUAUUUAGUAAUCUUUUGGUUUAUAAAUGCAUUAGGAUGCAAAGUCUGGUGAUUCAGUUCCUUGAUGUGCUUUAUUUUAGAGUCAGGACAAAGUGUGUUACUGCUCUAUGUAACCAAUAUUCUAUAAAUGAAGACAUUUCCUGCAUAAUAAGUUUUAUUGAAUAUUUCAAGUGGCACCUAAGUAAUAGAUGUAAGAUUAUCUAAAAUGUUAAUGUCCAGUAUAAAUUUGCAGAUUAGUGAUUCAAUAUUCAGGUUUUUCCCUAAUACUUUAUAGUUAAAAGAUAACCUGUAGGUAAAAUACCCACUUUUGAAAUUGGAGUUCCUUCACCAGUGAUAAUAAAUUACAUUGUGAUACAGCUCAAAAAGAAACUUAAGAACUUCCACUUAGCUUUUAUGUGACUGAAGUGCUGAUCUAACAUCAGUUAAUCUGAUGAAGUAUACUUCAGCUUUAUCUUACAGAUUUUUUUUAAUUCAUUCAUUUAUUUUUAUGUGUGUGAGUGGUUUUGCCUGCCUCUAUGCAAGUGUACCACAUGCAUGCAGUCUUCUGGUCUAUAGAGGCUAGAAGAGAAUAUCAGACCCUCUGGAUGUGGAGUUGCCAAUGGUUGUGAGCUGCCAUGUGAAUGCUGGGAGUUGGGAGCUGAACCUGUGUCCUCUAGAAAAGCAGGCAGUGCUCUUAAUGGCUGAACCAUGUCUCUGGCCCCAUACAGACAGGUGUUUUAACAAGAUACAAUGCUCAGUUUCUUAUUAUUGGGCUUAUAAUCCAAAUUGAUAAUUGCUAUAUUAGUAUAUCAGCUCUUAAUAAAAGCAAGUUUUUGUUUAUAUUGUAAAAUUAUUUUUACAUAUACUAUAAGGAAUAUUUUUUUAAAAAAUUUUUUAUUUACUUACUGCCAAGGUGUUAGAAAACAUAGCCAUUUGGGAGGCUGAGAUUGGGGAUUUCAGUGAGUUUGUUGCCAGACUGGGCUACAAUAUAAAACGGGUAGGGUGGGAUAAGAAAGAGGCACAGAGGAGGGACAAGGGGAGCAUAGGAAAUGAACCAGAAGAAACCGGAAUAGUCACUUAGCCUCGUUUGAAAAGGCCCCUGGGAUAGUGCUACUUGGUAAACUCAAACAAACUUAAACAUAGGCCUUGACAUCAGUCACAGUUUAAGUCUUUGUCUAGUUUAACUAAAUUGCAAGGACAUUUUUUUUUCCCCCGAGGUUUUGUUUUCUUAUAGUUCAAAUGGAAAUAACACCAGGUAUGCUUGUCAAUGUUAGAAUUAAACUAUCACUUUAUAUGAUGCUUCAUAAACUUUCUUUUUCUUCCUCUUUGGAUUGCUGAACCAAAAAGAAAGAUGAUAAUUACUUGAGUUGAUAGUAAUUUUAAGAUUAAAAAAAUUAGCCAGCAAUCAUGAGUUAAGGUUUUGUACUAUUAAGGAAAAGUAGUUUUGUAAAUUAAUGAAAUGUUCGUUUGGUAGCACUAUCAGUAAUACUGCAUAACAGACUGUUCUGUGCCACCUUCUACAAACCAUGAGGACAUGUGCUUUGAAACUCGGGUGCUUUUGAGGUCUCUGCCUAUAAGAAGGUGGUGUUUUUACUUGAAAAGUCCAGCAUGGCAAGUACAGAUACUGUGUUCCGUGCCAACAAUUCUAGCAUAUGAUAUGCACUUAAACCUGCAGAGAAACACACUGGAACAUUCUAAUUUCUGAUAUUAUUUCUUGUAUUUAUGGUUAAGAAAACAUGGUCAUUAUUGCCUUAAAUCCAUCUUAGAGGCUGCAAGGGAAGAAAUUCUAAAAUCUUAGAAGUUUUUAUUUGAGACUUUUCAAAAUUGCAGCUGAAGACAAAGCUGAGGAAUGCCGUUUUUCUUGUACUUUGCCAGAUUAAUAUCAUUCCAUGGAAUUGGUAGAGAGAAAAAUCAGAGCCCUGAUCACUAUAAAUAAAGCUUAGAAGGAGUUUUCUGGGCUGUUAUGAUUCAGCUUUCCUCCAUGUACUUUCAUUGGCAGUUCUUUAGAAAAGAUCUUCAUGAAGUUUUCUGAAUUCUCUAAUUUUAGUUUCACUGUGCAGAAUAGUGCUUCAAAUAUAUAUAUAUAAAUUUCUUCAUUAACUCCAAAAUGACCAGAAAAUCAUUUCUUUUUACAUAAAUCAAAUAUAAAAUUAAUUAUGGCUUUGAGUUUAACAUUUCUUGACUACCUAACAAAGCACAAGAUAGUAUACUUCACAAGAGCCUGCUCUACUACAAAAAAGAAAGAUUUGCAGUCUGAGAGGUGCAUUUGACUUAAUGUCAAUUUUGUUGUUUUCUUAGGUGCUGUUAAAAAAAAAAAAAAACAAGUUAGUUUGGGCCUGGAGAGAUGGCUCAAUGGUUAAGAGCAGGUACUGCUCUUCCAGAGGACCUCAGUUCAAUUACUAGCAACCAUGUCAGGCAGCUCACAGUUGCCUGUAACUCCAGCUCCUCCUCAGGGAUCUUAAUGCUCUGGUUUCCACAGACACCUGCCUUACAUGCACGUGCUUGGAGAUACAAACUUAAAAAUAAAAAUAAAUUCUUUUUUAAAGUUUAAGAAAAACAAGUUAGUUUUAUAUGUUUCAAAAGUUUAGUAAUAAUACUCUACUUUUUAAUGUGAAAUAUUGAGUCUGGUAGUAUAAUCCUUUGAUAAGUAUUAUUUUGGUAGUUUUAUUUUAGAAUACACAGACAGCGAGUAUGCUUUUGAAGUCUUAGUACUCAUUAUUAGACAAAUGCAGAUGCAUUAAUGCUAGAAUAUUUUACAUAAAUGCUGUGGAGGUGUUUUUGCUUCUCUUUAUGCUGUUAUAGAAAGUCAAAUGAAUAGAUUUAUAUGAAAAAUUAUUGGUGGACUGACUGCAGCCCUCGUGCCUUUUGCAUUCACAUGCUGAACUUGAUAAGAACCUGUACCUGUUGCCCCUUAGUCAAGGAAAGGGGUCCUCUGAGUGACAUAAGCACUCACUGCCCUCAUAGCUUUCCAGGCCAGUUUGUUGUACCUCUUGGUAACCUCCAUGCCAAUUGCACUGCCUGCUGACAUAGACCUUAACAAAACUCAGAAUGAUCAUUAUUUUUAUAUCAAAUGUGGAUUACGUAGGAAGGUCAGUUACAGUCAUUGUUGGACUAUGCCUGGUGAUAAUAAAUACGGAGAUGUGGAAUUGUUAACUGUUGCUUAUAAAUCAGAUCAUGUUAUCAAAAACUUCAGCUCAUAGGUUAAGUGAAUUAUAAUAGGAGGAUAUUUUAUUUGCUUUGAGAGAGGCUUAGAAAUAGACUAUGUUAAUUAGGAAAAGUUAUAGUUGGUUUUGAGCAUAUGAUGUUUUUUCAAUGUACUACAGAUCCUACUAGAGAAACUUGCAGAGAAAAUAAAUGUUUAUAUUUUUAACAUCACUAAUAUUACAUAUUGAGAGUUUGCUCCCAUAGUAAAUUCUGGUCUUAUAGAACAUUUACAAUAUGUUUAACUUGUGACCCUAGUUUUUGAGAAUACCGAGCAACAUAGAUGUGUUAUCAUUAUUUGUUUCUUGAGAUAUGAAGUUGUAUGAAUUGUUAAAAUAAAAAUUUUCUGUUCAAUUAUUUGAAAAAGAGGCUUAUUAGGUUUACACAUCCAAGUAGUUAUUUUUUUAACAGAAGGCUCUGCUUGGGAGUAUUUUAUCUAUAAACUGUUUCCAAUAAUUUCAUAUAUUUGAAUUUAUUGCUGUAAUUUUAUUGGGUGUAGGUAUAGUUUUAAUUAUAAAUAUUCUUAUCAUACUGUUUUUCAAAGCUUGAACCACAACUCA